AUGUCACAUAAACCGAAAGACCCUCUUGACCAGCUGCAAUACAUGCUGAACGACGUCAUCAUACAGAUUGGCAAGGCCCUCAAGGCAUCGACCAAGCAACCGAAUCGACAAAUGUCUCUCAGAUCCAUGCAUCGCUUCAGACUCAUGAGAGCGAAAGGGGCUUUACAGAGGGACUUGGACCGUCUUCAACAACGCCGCGCGCCACAGCCAGAAGAGGCGAUCAAGGCUUCGCCUGCGCCCAUGAUCGCAUCACCAGCCUCGGUCACCCUGGUUGUCGCCAGUCCUGAACUUGCCCAGAAAUCACCGCCCUCACCCCCGCUCAAGGAGGAACCUACCCAGUCUACUCCGUUUUCUGCUGCGCAAGAAAGUCCUGCACCGCCGCCGAUGGCGCCGAUGGCGCCCAUACCUGACAUGGGCGGCAAUGACAGCAUGCCGACUCCCGUACAGCCGAAAGCGGACAUCAAGCGCGAACCAACGCCGUCGGUGCCACAGGCCAUGAUGGCUCCGAUGGAUAGCAUCCCUGUUAAAUCAGAAGAGACUCCAGCAACGUCGUCUGUCGCACCGGAGCCCUCCAUGUCGACGGCCCCCGAGGCGCCGAUGGAUGACCUCUUUGACCUUAGCGGCGGAGAGAACCAAGGCGGCGGGGGCAACGGGUCCGAGUUUGACUUUACAGACAUCACCUUCGGUCUCGAUCCGUCUGUGGACUCGCAAAGCCAACCAACGGCGGACGUGGCACCGCAGCCCGACAUGGGUACGACGUCUGGUGUGCCCGCAGCGGCUGAAAUGUCCACCCUGGAUGGCCUGCUGCCAGUCACAGCUCCUGUGCAGUCAGUGGCCACUACCGCCAGCACGGCCGUGACAACUACGGAACCGCCUAAAAUUCAAGGCGACCAGAAGGCGGGCGACCCGCAGUCGACGGCUGCCGUGGACAAUGACAUAUUCGAUCUGGAUGGCAUCGGUGGCAACAUGGACCUUGACAUGAACCUUGGCAAUAACGGGGACGGCAGCAGCUUCGACGAUAUGUUUUAUGCUGGCGACAACAUGGACGAUGUGCAGUUCGACGAUGCUUUCUUUGGAUUAUCAAAUUAGGCAUGAGGGACAGGGGGACACGGCACGUUCAGGACUGGGUCUUGGUGGUCUAGAACAGGGAUGCACUGGUCGACGCUUUCCCAGCAACGACACGCGUUAAUGACCGAGCAUCAUGCUUC